AUGGAAGACGAACAACAAGCAGAAUUAAUUGAGGAAUGCAAUGUUUUGCGUCGUGAAUUAAAUGAUUUAAUGACAAAUGAUUUCGAUCGUGUUCUAGCAGAAAUAAGUGAUAUUCUUAAAACUUCUGUUCGUUCAUUAAAACGUCCAGAUGAGUCAACAGACAUUACAACGUCUGAUGCUAUUGCUAAACCAAUCGUAUUAUCAUUAGCGCAUCCUCAAAAUAGUGAAAUUUUAAAAUGUACUGUAACUCUACUCGGAUCAGACAUAACAGCAGCUGAUGUAGUUUAUAAAGCUGGAACAAAAGUUCAACCACCAAUGAAUAAUGCAUUUCGAACAACAAUAGCAACACAACAAAUGAAAUAUUGGUCUCUUCAACAAUUACAUGAAUGUACACAACAUCUUGAACGUGCAUUACGUUAUGUUCUAUUAACAGAUUUUGAUCGUAAUAUUGAACAAUUAUAUAAAGCUAUACAAUAUCUUGAUUUAAUUAUUGAUUGUGUUAAUAAUGCUAAAGAUAAUAUUUUAUUACCAAAGAAAAAACGUAUUGAUGAUUUAAGACGAAGUAAAAACACAACAAUUUUUACACCAUCAAUACCAGAAAAUAUGGCAUUUAGUUUUUAUGUUCAAGGUUCAAAAUUAUCAUUUGCUGUUUAUCAUACAAGUGUUCAAGGAAAAUCAAGUGGUUAUUUUAAACAUUUUAUUGAAGCUAAUGUACCAGCACUUGGUGAUUUAUUAAAUCAAUUAUCUUAUAUACUUUUACAAUUACAACAACUUCGAGAUAAAUUACGUAUUUUCGACGAAUAUCAAAAUGGAUCGGAUUGGAAAUUAAUGGAAGAAAAACAAAAUGAGACUGAUAAUCUUAUGACCAUGUUUUAA